AAAGGAGAAUUAACAUCCUACUUGCUCAGUAGUGGGUCAGUCAGUGCUUUUGUUACAGAGGAGCUGGCGGUUCAAUAAAGGUACGCCAUCUCUGGUCAUGGCCUUUUUAAUGAUCUGUUCAAUAAAAGUGACACAAAUUCUACAUAAGUUUGAAGAACCAUUUACAUUCACUGGAUAUAGUGCACCGUCGCUAGUGAUUGUAUAUCUCUACCAUCUCGAGGGAAGGAGUGUGAACAAACGUUUUCCUAUAACUAAACAGUCAUUUUACAUAUUUAAUUAACUUACUCAAGUUUGGAUGUGGGGAAAUAGAAGAGAUAAUAUUUUAAGGCGCUAAAAUACAGAACUACUCCUUUUAAAUUACACACUAUGAGGUGUAAUAGAACACAGUGUGAGGGCGGAUUCGCCAGACGAAUUUCCGUGUCAGUAUGCGAGGGCAGGGACAAUGUUCUUGCGAGCACAGAAAGUUUGGUUCUGUGAGUAGUGGACAAUUUCAUGUCAAAUGCAUUGUUUUUUUUAAUAAUUUAUAUAAAGCACGUAAGUACCAGGUAUUACAUUUAAGCUACUUUGUACCAUAUAAAACAUACAUACAUAACACAUAAAAAACAUCACUAAUUUCCAAUGCGCGCAGAAAACUCCGACCAUCUAAGAAUUGACAAUGGUCUCAUAAGGUAAUCAAAAAUGUGGGGAAAAUCCAAAUACAAUAGAACAGUUUUCAUUUUGACCGAAAAAUGCGAAUAUUUGAUUUGUCAUUACGCAUAUUCUCGUAUUGAAUCAGUAACUCUAAAUUAUUCUAAAUUACACGCAAUAGCAGUCCUGGUGUAAUGGCUAGAGAUGCUUGUGGGGCUUACAUCUUCCACCACUGGGUUUGAUUUCAAUACCCAGCCAGUUCAUGUGGAAUUUGUGGCGGCAAAGUGAGCUCUCCGUACAUUUCUCAAGUAUCUUCCGUUUCCCCUGCCUCUCUUUCAACCAUUGACCUAUAAUCAAUCACAUCAUCGCCAUUAAAGCUAUCAUUUACUCAUUACAUGACCACUCAUGAACUUCAAUAACUUUAGUGGUAGAAGGGACCUUAACUCUCUGGCGAGUUCAUGUUUUCCCCCCUUUUCGUGGGAAUAUGUACCUCAGAGGCAGACAUUACCAAAACGCAUCCAUGACUUAUAUUUAGAUCAUGAAAUUCAGAAUGUUUUUUACUUUAAAAAUAUAUAUUGAACAAUCUUAUUGUGGAUUUCAAUAACUUUGACAAAACAAUGUUUUUAUUAUCUUUUGGCGUAAUCAUCGUAAGAUUAUCUACAGAUAUCCAAAGUCAACAUCUUUUUAGUAAUUAAGAUGAAAAUCCAUAAAACUCUUGAAAGAAAAUUAGUUCAAUAGUAUGUGCUUCAAAGCAAUUGAAUAAAUAAAUUUACUUGAGAAGCAGAUUUUAUAUCAUGCAUCUAUAGAACAUCUGCAUAAAAAGCAGAUAUCAAAACCUGCAACCGGAACUGGGAACAUCUGUCUGUGAGGCAUCGCUAGUUUCAAAAAAUAAUAGUUGACAUGAAAAGGUCCCUCACCAUUCUCUUCUUAAAGAUUAUAAGCUUACUGAAGCACAUGAGAUUGGGAAAAACGCUUGGCUCACUUAUAGCGCUGCCAGUGAUAACAAUAGAAACUGUGUCUGCUUGUAAGGCAGAUGUUCUCACCCACCAGAGAGUUGAACUCAUGAAUGAAUAUUUCAAUACUAGAUGGACCCGUACGAAAACUUCCCACUUUGUAAAUAAUUGUUAGUUAGUAAAACCCAAUAUUAAAGCCAGCCCUUUAACUGUGCAUUUUAGCAUUAAAGUUCCGAAACGUGCGAGAGUGACCGUUCAAUUUUUGCUUAAGUUUUAGUUAAUGACACAAAAAAUCAGACACUUUUAAUUUCAUCGUGAAAGAUUAGUUUUUCCCCUCAAAUUUUAUGAAACCUUGACCUUGAAAGUAUCAUUAAAAUGACCUUAAAAGUGUCCUUGAAAGUUAUCUUGAAUGUGACCUUGAACGUGAUCUUGGAAGUUAUCUUGAAUGUGACCUUGAAUGUGAUCUUGAAAAUGACCUUGAAGGUGACCUUGAAAGUGACCUUGAAUGCGACAAUUUUGUGUUUCCAAGCUGUGUGUGUUCGUAAUGGUUGUUGCAGUAAUCUGUUUUUGAACAUUUGCAAACUUCAGUUUUUCCCUCUUAAUUCUGUAGGAUGCAGAACUGGCGAAUCAUUCCCUGUUUCCAGCAGUAGUACACUUACAGAGUUUUAUGUGUGAAGUGAUAUGUCCAAAACCGUCGUCUGUCCUACAUAGAGAUAAUAAAUCGUUCAUGGUAUGCAGCUAUCUCUGCUCAUGGGCGAUUAUCACUGACAGCACUGCACACUGAUGUCACCAAGGGGCGCAUAUGACCAGAGUUAUUCCGCGACGGUCCUCGCCCUUACGUUGUCGUCUUACGCAAGUUGCCGUAAAUCGUGGUGUGGCUGGGCCGCGUGGCGCGGCGACAUGCAGAGGCGAUGGCGAUGGCGAUGGCAGGCCGGGGCGGGCGCGGCGCGGCGCGGCGCUGCUAUGAAAGCCACGAACGGACGAGCCGUGCGCGCAGUGCCGACGGGCUACGACGCUGACGCGUGUUGGUUGUUCGCGCGGAAGACCGACGGAAAAUGAAGCAAACGGACGAAUUACCGGCUGUUGAUGGCUUCAGCAACUCACAGACGGGGCGCGCGGGCGGAUCGUUCGUGGUGGAGUCGUGGUCGGAGCGGGACCUGGCGGCGGACGGCGGCCCGCUGGGCAACCUGGGCAGCCACCUGCGCCUCGAGGUGGCGGUGCGGUGGGCGGAGGGCGGGCGGCGCGAGCGCCUGCGCUUCUUCGUCAAGAAGCUGCCCGCCAACGACGCGCAGAGCGCCUUCGUGCAGGGCAGCGGCGCCGCCAGCAAGGAGCUCAUCUACUACGCGGAGCUGGAGCCGGCCAUGCGCGCCGUGCUGCCCUCGGCCCAGCCGAGCGUUAGUCGCUGCCUGCUGGCGCGGCGCGGGCUGCUGGUGCUGGAGGACCUGACGGUGCAGGGCUUCCGCGGCUACGGCGCGCGCGACCUGCUGGACCGCGCGCACGCCGCGCAGGUGGUGCGCGCGCUCGCCGCCCUGCACGCCUCCUCGCUGGCCUUCGAGCGCACGCGCGACCGCGCGCUCGGCAAGCACUUCCGCGCGCCCGACCACUUCCCCGACGCCUUCGUCGAGACCUUCUACAACCGGGACGAGGCGCACCCCGGCUACAAGUACACGCUGGCGGGCGUGAACGCGGUGGCCGCGUGCAUGCAGCUGCUGCCCAUGUGCCAGGCGGACGAGGGCGUGGCGCGGCGCGUGGCUGAGCGCGCCCACGAGGUGCUGUGGGGCGUCUGCGACUCCGUGCAGCCCUCCGCGCGCCACCGCAACGUCAUCGCUCACGGGGACCUCUGGCUCAACAACAUCCUCUUCCGUUACCUUAUGAUUAUUUACCUGUACGUGGUGGGCACGCGCGCCUUCCGGCGGGAGCACGCCCACUCGCUGCUGCGCGAGUACCACGACCAGCUGGGCGAGCAGCUGCGCGCGCUGGGCGCGGACGUCCAGCAGCUGUUGCCGUGGAAGGACUUCCAGGCAUCCUGGGAGGAAAGUCGACGCCAUGGCCUCCUGGUGACACCGUUUUUCCUUCACUUCGUGCUGACGGACGGCGCCGUUCUGAGCAAAACGUUCAGCGACGUGAAGGCGUACCAUCACUUUCUGAACGAGGGCCGCACCGACCACGUAUUGAAGCAGUUCCGAGAAGAUGCAGUGUAUCGCGAACGCUUCUCCGAGAUCCUAGAAGAGCUGGUUCGCGACCUAGUUCUAGGCGAAGGUAGCAGCGGUGCCGACAAAGAAACUUAAAGAUUGCUUCUGGAUGUUCAUGUUGCCAUUUGGAGAAGAUACCGCGAAGUACGUGCGAGCAAUCUCCUUUUUUAGGCAACUUGUGCGAGAAAUAUCAUUUGUUAGGCGACUUGAUCGAACUUCGGUGCUGUUCGCUCAAUGAUCCAUGAAGUUUAUAUGAGGAAAUAGGGUUCAUGGGUGUGAUAAUAGUUUCAAUUCUUAAUACAUCACGUUACUAUAGCGAAUCUGUCUUCCAAUUCGGUCGUCGAUUACUGAAGAGGAUGUUCGACUGUUUAAAUAUGUAUUGCUCACGUCAAGAUAUGUCUAGAGAGCUCUAAAUUUAAUAUAAUUUUGAAAUUUGUCAUUCUGAUGUAUUAAUAAGUUCAUGAAAAUUCAAGUGAAUCUGGUGCAAAAAAUAUUUACCUGACGAAAGAGUUUGUGUUUAUUUACAAUAAGUUUUUUUACAUGCUCAAAGAUAAUGUUCCUCAUGAGAAUUAAAAGAAGAACAAUAAAAUGUAACAUAUAUUCCAGAGAAAUAUAUUUUGUUGUUUGUUUACAUUGA